UUAAAAAUAUCAAAAUCACAAAAUUUUAUAUUAAAUUAACUAGGCUACAUCAUAACUUUAAAUGGCUAAAUUAGUUUAUAAAUAAAUAAAUAAAUAAAAGAAAAUGUGGAGUGAAAUAAAGGAUGAUAUAGUGGAAUUUGUCCAGGAAUUUCACAAGAAUGGAAAGCUGGGCUCAGUAAUAGCUGACAUUAUUGGGGAACAUCAGUUGGCCUUCAUUGAAGGUAGGCAUCUAUGUGAAGGAGUUGCCACAGCAAAUGAAAUUAUUGAUGAUGCUAAGAGGAAAAAGAAGAAGAGCUUUGUUUUCAAAGUAGACUUCAAGAAGGCUUUCGACAAGGAAAUGGCUUGGAUACUUAACUGUAAAACUGGAGUUUUGCCCUUUAAAUACUUGGGAGUCCCAGUGGGGGGAAAUCACAGAAAACUUAGCAUAAUUACCCUCCUCAACUCUGUGCUCACAUCGCUCCCAAUCCUCUUCUUGUCCGUCUAUCUCGCUCCCAAAGGUAUUGUCAAAACUCUUGAUAAAAUUAGGAAUAAAUUUCUAUGGGGUGGAUGUGAAGAGACUAGGAAAGUGCAUUGGGUUAAUUGGAAAACAGUCUGUAUUAGUAAAAGGGAUGGAGGGCUUUGGGUUAAGGAUCUUAGACUUUUUAAUCAGGCAUUACUUGGAAAGUGGUGGGGUAGAUUGGCCAAGGGUUCUCCUGGGUUGCUUUUUAACCUGAUUAAAGAAAAAUAUGGGUAUGAGGGUGGAAAUUGGUGUAACUGGGUAAAAGAAGGGAAAAGUGCAAGGUCCAAUUGGUGGAAGGAUUUGUGCAAGCUAGAUGUACUAGAGGAGAAUAGAAGAGGUUGGCUAUCUGGGGGCUUCCAGAUUAGGAUCGGUAAUGGAGAGAAAGUUAGUUUUUGGAAGGAUUCAUGGAGUAAUACUAGAGUGCUUGCUAAUGUUUUUCCGAGAUUAUAUAUGCUUUCUACAGGGAAAGACAACACAAUUGAUGAGAUGGGUAGAUGGGAAGACAACAAAUGGGUUUGGAACCUUCCUUGGAGAUGCACCCCACACUCUUGGGAGCAAGAUUCCAUGCAAGAUCUCAACAAGCUCCUCAAGGAGACCAACCUGACCAUAGGGAAGGAAGACACUUGGACCUGGGAACGAGAUAAGUUGGGUGAUUACUCUACAAGCUCAGGAUACACUGCUUUGGUCCAACAUCAACCCUCACCAUACUGACAAGUUUUUGAGAAGAUUUGGAACCCCCUUAUUCCUCACAAAGUCCGUGGAUUCACUUGGUUACUACUACUUGACAGGAUUCCCUCAAAAUUCAACUUGUUGAAAAGGGGAUUAAUUAAGGAGAUGGAGGCUGUUAAGUGUAGCCUUUGUGGACAGAAUGUGGAAGAC